CCCUUCAGUUAGAUGCGGGUGAGUCACCCGUAUAGGCAGAGCCGGAUGGCUGUUUGUUUUCACUUUUCUUGCGCCCCCAAACGGCUUUAAUGGCAUUUCAGUGUAGACAGCGCACGUACACCCACAAAUAGACAGCAAUCAUUAGACAAUAUGUUCGACUUCAAUUUGGAAUUUGCGCGUGGCGGUGCCCGCUUCACCAGUGAGCUGUUCCAACUGCUGGCCGCAGGUGGCGUCAAGGAGAACAUCGUAUUCUCGCCCUUCUCCAUCCAGGCCUGCAUUGCUCUGGCCUUUGCCGGUGCCCAGGGUGAGACCGCCGAUGAGAUCGCCAAGGCAUUGCAUUUCGUGUCCAACUUCCCCCCUGAGGUGGGGCAAACCUUUCAGUUUGUGCUGGAGCAGUACAAGAACAGCAGCCUCCUGAGCGUCGCCAAUAAGUUGUACGUGCAAGAGGGCAAGCAGCUGAAGCAGUCCUAUGCGGAGGCCAUCAAGGAGCACUACCACUCCGAGGCGGAGUCCAUCAACUUUGCUCUCAGCGAUGCAGCUGCUCAGGCCAUUAACAGUUGGGUCAAUGCCAAGACACAGGGCAAGAUAACGGAGCUGGUUAACGCCGACAGUUUCUCGGACAAUACACGCCUUGUCCUUCUGAACGCCCUCCACUUCAAGGGCAGCUGGACCCACAAAUUCAACGAGCAAGGCACCGCGGAGGACGAUUUCUUUGUGGGCGAAGAGGAGGCCGUUAAAGUCAAUUACAUGAAUCAGAAGGCCAAAUUCGGCUACGGCUUCUUUGAGGACUUGGGCUGCACAGCCUUGGAUAUGCCGUACAAGGACUCCGAUUUGUCCAUGUUUGUGCUGUUGCCACAGGAACGCACUGGCCUGAAGGCCUUGGCCGAAAAACUAAAGUCAGUGAACCUGGUCGAUUUGGCCGACAAACUGGACGUCGAGGAGGUGCAAGUCAAGUUCCCAAAGUUCAAAGUUGACUACUCUCUCGAGCUGGGCGACAAGUUGAAAGAGCUUGGCAUAAAGAAAAUGUUUACGGAAAGCGCCGAGUUCAACAAUUUGCUGGAAUCUCCCGAAGGUGUGUUUGUGUCAAAGGUAUUGCACAAGGCCACAAUUGAAGUCAAUGAGGAGGGCACGGAGGCUGCUGCAGCCACUGGAAUGAUCAUGAUGACUCGCAUGAUGACAUUCCCAUUGCAGUUCCAAGCUGAUCGCCCGUUCCUGUACGUCAUCUGGAACAAGAAGAACAUCCUUUUCGCGGGUGCUUUUGUAAAUGCACCAACUUCCUAGAACGUCAUCUCUCAUUAUUAAUUUAUGUUUUUAUAUUGAAAGUAUUUUUGAAAUAAACGAUUCGCACAACGAC